AUGACAUCAUGCAUCAAUUUGUGAAAAACUGCUAUAGUGAGCCAAAAGGCCUAUAAGGCAACAGCGAACAGAGGGAAAAAAAUCAACUGCUCCAAAAGAAUGUGUUUUUCUCCCAUUCUGGAAAUCAACAUGCAGUCUGAAUCUAACAUUACAGUUCGAGAUGACAUUGAUGACAUCAAUACCAAAAUGUACCAACCACUAUCAUAUCCAUUAAGCUUUCAAGCGUCUCUCACCGGAUUUCUCAUGUUAGAAAUCGUGUUGGGACUUGGCAGCAACCUCACCGUACUGGUACUUUACUGCAUGAAAUCCAACUUAAUCAACUCUGUCAGUAACAUUAUUACAAUGAAUCUUCAUGUACUUGAUGUAAUAAUUUGUGUGGGAUGUAUUCCUCUAACUAUAGUUAUCCUUCUGCUUUCACUGGAAAGUAACACUGCUCUUAUCUGCUGUUUCCAUGAAGCCUGUGUAUCUUUUGCAAGUGUCUCAACAGCGAUCAACGUUUUUGCUAUCACGCUGGACAGAUAUGACAUCUCUGUAAAACCUGCAAACCGAAUUCUGACAAUGGGCAGAGCUAUAAUGUUAAUGAUAUCCAUUUGGAUUUUUUCAUUUUUCUCUUUCCUGAUUCCCUUUAUUGAGGUAAAUUUUUUCAGUCUUCGAAGUGGAAAUACAUGGGAAAAUAAGACACUUUUGUGUGUCAGUACAAAUGAAUACUACACUGAACUGGGGAUGUAUUACCACCUGCUUGUACAGAUUCCAAUAUUCUUUUUCACUGUCAUAGUAAUGUUAAUCACAUACACCAAAAUACUUCAGGCUCUUAAUAUUCGAAUAGGUACCAGAUUUUCAACAGGACAGAAGAAGAAAGCAAGAAAAAAAAAGACUAUUUCUCUAACCACGCAACAUGAGACUACAGACAUGUCACAAAGUAGUGGUGGGAGAAAUGUAGUCUUUGGUGUAAGAACUUCAGUCUCUGUAAUAAUUGCCCUCCGGCGAGCUGUGAAACGACACCGUGAACGAAGAGAAAGGCAAAAAAGAGUCUUCAAAAUGUCUUUAUUGAUUAUUUCUACAUUUCUUCUCUGCUGGACACCAAUUUCUGUUUUAAAUACCACCAUUUUAUGUUUAGGCCCAAGUGACCUUUUAGUAAAAUUAAGGCUGUGUUUUCUAGUCAUGGCUUAUGGAACAACUAUAUUUCACCCUCUAUUAUAUGCAUUCACAAGACAAAAAUUUCAAAAGGUCUUGAAAAGUAAAAUGAAAAAGCGAGUUGUUUCCAUAGUAGAAGCUGAUCCCAUGCCUAAUAAUGCUGUAAUUCACAACUCUUGGAUAGACCCUAAAAGAAAUAAAAUUACUUUUGAAGACAGUGAAAUAAGAGAAAAAUGUUUAGUACCUCAGGUUGUCACCGACUAA